UUCCCUCCGGCCCACGCGGACUUUCCAUUUCACGCACACCCCUCCCCCUCGCCCCAAAAGGAGGCAGCGGCGCUCCUCCGCUGCGCUCCAUCCCGCGGCUCCACACGCAGCCUGACAUUAUGUCUGUCCGGGAGGACGCGCGCGGACGGACCCGCCGCUAACGGCCGCGAUUUAUGGCGACGGCGGAUUCCAGAGGCUUAACGCGCCUCCAAUUAGCAAAGACAGGGCUUCCACGCGGGAUUACUGCCUAGGAGGGAAGAGGGAGUGCAUGUUCCGCGCGGGACUUCAUUUGCUCGAUGCUGCGGAGCUGGACGACAUGAUGCUGCAGAGCCCGCUGACCUCCACGCCCUUCUCCGUCAAGGAUAUCCUGAAGCUGGAGCAGCAGCAGCAGCAGCAGCAGCAGCAGCAGCAGCAGCAGCAGCAGCACCUCCUCUGCGCCUCCCUGGACCUCCACAGCCCGCACCUCCUGCCCCCGCGCUCCCCCCUCGGGCACCCGCAAUUCCAGAGCCCGUCUUCCUGCAUGCUGGCCUCGGCGCGGGACAGCCCUCCUUUCUCCGACGGGGAGGACAACCUGGCUUACCUGAGCGCGCUGACGGCGCGUGAGGAGGAGCGCGCGGAGCCCCCUCUGUCCCCCAGCAUGUACGGCGGCCACGCGGGCCUCCACGGAGCCAAGCUGGAGGGCGCGGAGCUGGAGGAGCCGGAGAGGAAGACCUGCGGCCUGCUGUCCCGGGACGACGCCGCGGACGGCGCAGCGGCGGAGCGGCCGGCGCAGAAGCCGCGCAGCCGGCGGAGGCCGCGCGUGCUCUUCUCACAGGCGCAGGUCUUCGAGCUGGAGCGGCGCUUCAAGCAGCAGCGCUACCUGUCCGCGCCGGAGCGGGAACACCUGGCCGGGACGCUCAAGCUCACCUCCAACCAGGUGAAGAUCUGGUUCCAGAACCGGCGCUACAAGUGCAAGCGGCAGCGGCAGGACAAGUCUCUGGAGGCGGCCGGACAGCCGCCGCCGCCGCCGCCGCGGCGCGUGGCCGUGCCCGUGCUGGUGCGGGACGGGAAGCCGUGCCUGGGGGGCGCGCAGAGCUACUCCGCGAGCCCCUACAGCCCCGCCCCGUACGGCUACAACGGAUACCCCGCGUACACGUACGGCGGGCCCGCGUACAGCAGCAGCUACAGCAGCAUUCCCGCCGCCGCCCCCGCCGCCUUCAUGAACGUGAACUUGGGAAACGUGGGGGGGCUCGGCGGGGACCCGGCGCACGCGGGGACAGCGGUCACGUCGUGCCAGGGCAUCCGGGCCUGGUAGCCCCUCACCGGGACCAUGGAGCGGCUCGGUUCUGGUGUCAGUCCGGACGGUGCAAUGGCGUUUUCUGCUUCACCUGGAGGCCGCGCGCUGACCCCGCGCAGAACAGACAGGGAGGGGGCACGCGCGUUUACGCACGAAUGAAAAGAGAAUUUCCUUUUUUAUUUGAGAGGUUAGUUUGGAUGUUUUGUUUUUAGUCACAUUUAUUCAAAUAAAUCCAUCUAUUCCAGACGGAGUUCUGCUUUAAACCCAAACGAGGGUUCUGUUCGGAGGUUCUGGAGCAGGAGGAGGGACGGGGGGGCCGCGGGGAGCCUUUGUCCCGGUGUCAUGCAGGCGCCCUGAAAGGAGGAAGUUUUUCUCCAUCCGAGCUCCUUAAAGGACCAAAUUAGGCUCCAAAAUAGCCCGACGAGCGCGCGCGGCGGUCGGGCUGCAGAGCGGGAAUAAUGGCUCCUGUCGGACAAAAGGUGUGUGGAGGCAGAGCCCGCCACUCAGCAAAGACAAAGGCGCGCCGGGGCCAGAGAUUGACGUCCUAAUAUUCCCAUUUGAGCGACAGGCAGCGGGUUAUUCUUGCGGGGAGGGGGGCACGCAGGGAAAACGUGCUCACCUUUGUUCCUCUUUGUGUGCGCGGUAAAAGGCUCUGAGGUCUCCCGCCGCGCGGACUCUGGGGCCGCCGGGCUGGAGGUGGAGG